CAGGCACCUAUAGCAUAUAAAUACUGUAGAACGUUUAACUGUUAUUGCAGGCAUGUGAUUGUAUCGUUUCUUGAGGUUGCAAAGACCGGUGUCACGAAGGGCUAUGCUGUUACGAUCGCCAAUUUCGCGUGCGGAGUGAUACCAAAUUUUCACCGAAUUUAUGCUCUGAUUCAGUGGAAGCUUGAUGGCGGAGUGCGAUGGGUCCUCAAGAGGACUACAUCGAAACAGUGGUCACAUGCGAAGGUGACUUCCAUGACCCCCAGCUGCCACACCGCCUAGAGUUCUUCCGGAGACAGCUUAAAGACCUGCUUCUGGCUGACCCACAGAAGCAGGUGAUUGUAAAGAAAGUGGAGCCAUGGAACAGCGUCCGUGUGACACUCAACAUCCCCCGCCAGGCAGCUUUGCGUCUCAAACAGCUUGCCGAGCAGGGCAAUUCACGGCUGCGGCAGCUUGGUGUACUGGCUGUCCAAAUAGAAGGUGACCACCUGGUUUCCCUCACGCUGGCCACACCUGGUAACCAACGUACUGAGUUGAUCCUACGUACCGCUGCUUCAAGUGCUGGGCUGAGUCAGACUGCUGCCAGUGCAUCAGUGGCUGUGUUUGACUCAGGCUUGCCUAGUUCUUCGGAUGAGCUGGGCUCUCCGGGCCCAACCAAUGUCGAGGUGACCCGCAAGAACAUCGAGGAGUACCUGAGGCAGGGCUCCUCACUUUUCCACAACUCUGUGUUGACUCCUGCAACAACAGCCAGCACUAAUUACAUCCCAGCAUCUUCCAAUGAUGUCUUUAAAACACCAAACAUAGUGGAAGCUUCGGUCUUGCGGUCCAGUGGGGGUGGAAAUGAUAAAGUUAGUGUGGCUAGCAAUAUUUUGGGCAGUUCACCAGCACUGUCUGGCCUGCACCAGCGGCUGCCAGUUCCUCCACCCAGCCAUGGGGUUGCUGCUGAAACUGGCACUUUCCCGCAGCCUCUGACCUCCACACCCAUCAGACAGGGGCAGCAAGGAACUAAAGCAGUAGGGAUUCACACAACUGUGCAGACGAUGACAUCACCCAGUCAGGCUAUGGCACUACCCCAGACAGCAUCAGUGGGCUUCAACACAAUGUGCUUGCCACCUCCCCCUCCAUAUCCCCAUUCACAGGGAGCAAGUAGUGGGGUGGCAAACCAUAUUGGCCGUCAAGGAAGGAAAGUGACAGCAUCAAGUCCACUGCUUAUCAACCUUUUACAGACAGAGCCCAUGGCUGCAAGUUCUUCGCCUUCCAACAGCAAAGGUCUGUCUGCAGGCCAAGGCAGCAUAGACAAAUCCAAGAAGAAACGUCGAGUUCGGCGAAAGAAAGAUACAGGGACUCUUACUCAGAGUGGUGGUGGUAAUGAUCUGAUCUCUGAUUCCACCUCAAGUUCAGGUAUGGGUUCAGUGGUUGCAUCCAGUACUUGUGUGGGAGACUUAUUCUCAACAAAAGUGAGCAUUAGUGGGUCUGUUGAUGUGAACUCUUCAAGUGGGCAUGUUUCUGAAACCAGUAUGGACACAUCUAGCAUGCCAGUAGGAGUGGAUGAUGCAGUGAUAGGUAGAGGAUCCUUGCAGAUUUCCUCAGGAUUUUCUCAGAUGGGUGGUGAAAGUAUCAUCAAUCCCUAUACUGGGCACAUGGAACCCAGGGAGUUGGCCAGUGACCUAAGUCCAUUGAGAGGAGAGCCAGCACCACUUCACACUGAUGCACCUGAGGGCUCUGGUUUAGAUAUAGCAGUUCUGACAUCCAGCCCAACUACCACCAGCCCUCCCUCCAGCACCAUCGCUGGCAGCUCAAAUUUCAUCCCUCCUUUAGCAUCUGGCAUAGUGGACAGUGCAUUCAAAGACUCGCAACAAAGGAACUUUCCAUCUCCUCCUUUGGUUUCAGUCUCCCAGUCUACCCUUCCCCAUGUGGACUUAAUAGAAUUACGCAGGAGGCAGCACUCAAAUGAACCACUUGGGAAACCUCAUGUUCCUGGAGGGGUGAUGUCAUCUCAAGCCUAUGCACAGCAUCGCUCUAGUCCACUGUCACCAGUUGUCACCCAGCCCCCUCCUUUAGCAGUGUUGGAGUUGCACAACAGCCCAUUGCCAGCUGUAGUAGCGAACCACCCUCAGUCUUCUGUCAAUGGCCUGGCGGUGUCUACAUCUUCUGUGACUGUGCCAGCAAAUGGGGAUAGUUUAGGAGAGAUGCAUCUUGGUAGUUCGGGCAUGUUGACAGCAUCACCAGCUUCAGUCGUUCCAGUCUCUCAAUCAGAACUCAUGAGAGUAUCAUCUGAACCAGUUCAAAACAAGGAGUUUGAAAGUUGUGUGAGAGAUUCUGCCAGUGAUGUGAGUGCAAAGUCUUCAAAGCCCACAGAUGAUGCACCUGCACCACAGCCAGAUGUUCUUGUGGCCAAUGUGCACCCAUUUUUAGCACAAGGACGAACAGAAUGUGCAGCAGUGGCUAGCUUGCAUCACUCACUCCGCCAUGCUCUGAUCAAGAGCAGUGUCACUGCUGAAAACCCAUCCCUUGCUUUGCUCAACAUGUCACCUGCCCCAGCUGUUCUUUCCCCUCCUCAAGCUGUUCAGCGUGUGGCAGUUGGUGACAGUGCUAGUGUGGGCACUGCUAGUCCCACCGGCAGCAAAACUCUUUCGGAGGGAGAUGACAGUUCCAACCACAGCUGCAUUGGUCCUGAUGGGCCAUCUGAUGCCACCAGUGCAGGAACUGCUUUGUUGGAUGGUGCCACAACUAAGGUGUACAACAAUGACUCUGGUGUUGGAAGUUCAUCAGAGCGUUCAGAUGACACCCCAUCAGAGGCGGGGGAUGGAGAGUAUCAUUCAGGGACAGGUGGACUGGGAGAUGGCACUGCAGCAGAGGGAGGCGCAUGUAGCAAGCAAGCGAUGGGGGGAAAUAAGGGAAUUGUCAACUGUGAACCCUCAACAAGCAAACCAGACAGCCAUUUGACUAUUGGCUUUGUUCAUAACAGUCAGCUGACAACCCCAGGCAUGCUUAACAGAAAAGAUGCUGCAGUAUCUGGGCUUAAGGAUGCUGCAGCCAUGACCCACCAGCAUAGUCAAAGCAGUGCUUCUGCAGAAAAAUCCAUUCCAGCAGAUUCAGAUGAGAUGCUGAUGAAGUCCAUGCAUCCUGUGGCAUCCUCUUCACAAGCUGUUCCUGUUCUAAACAAGGGCAUGCCCAGCAUGGCUGUCCAGUACCUGUCCAGUGCCCAUCCAGAUGUUCACCAGCAAAUUUCUCACCAUAAAAACAGAGUGGCCAACUGCCAGGUGUCGGGUGUGCAUCAGAAUGGGCCUGUUCUUUUGCCUCAUGCUCAUGCACCUGAGCAGCCACUAUCCAACAGCCAAGGGAAUUCCUUGCCACACUUGAUUUCUUCGUAUACUUCAGGUAUACAGGUCUCAUCACUACCACACACUCCUGGCUCAUCUGUAUCCCAUAGUGCAGGUUCCUCUGUUCUUCAGCCAGCGUCUGUCCCCCAUACCAGAGGAAUAUCUGGAACAGGUACCGCUGGCUUGGCACUUGCUCAUCCUGGGGGCAAGCCAAGUGUCCAUGUGACCAGUCCAGCUCCAUCGACCAGCACCAUGCCUCGUUUGCCUUAUAUGCAGGGUGUAACGCUAUCAUGUGCUUCUACCCACUCGCCUAGCAUAACAGUUUCUCGCACACAAAGCCUAGCUGUCUCUCACACACACAUGUCAAUAACGUCAAGCGCACCGGCCACAAGCGUAGCCUGUGCGGUAGGACCUGUUACAACAUCUAUCACAGGCACAACCCAGAACUGUGUACUAUCUUCUGGACAUAACACUGACAUUAAAACAGCUGUGGUCAAUAUCACUGACUCCAGCAAGUCAAAUGCUAUUGUUCCUGUGACCGUCCUGGCCUCUAGCAAACAGCAUGGCAUCUCUGUAGCUGCAGUCACCACUGCUGCAAUUACCACACCUACAGCUACAGAUGCUGUUGUUUUAUCAGGUUCUCGACUUCAUCACAAGCAUUCAGCAGCAACUCCUCACAGUACAGACUUGAUGGACACCAGCAGCCUUGAGGCAGCAGUCUCACUUCCGGAAAUGAUGGUAGGUGAAGCCAGUGACCUUGAUGUGCUGGAAGAGGCACAUCAACUGUUUUAUGGGAAUUCAGGGGAGGCCACGUCUCUUUCAAGCUUUGAUGAGGAUUUGAUGCUUGCUUCUCAUCCCACCCGUGACAAUGGUAUGGUGGGGUACCUUGAGGCUGGAGGGCGCCACUCCUCGUCGAAUGGCAAUGGGAGCAUGAGCAUAGGAAGUGUUGGAGGUGGAACCAUCAGUGCGGAAGUACGCAACGCCAACAUCACAAGCAUGUACUGCAAGCGGUCAUCUCCUGUCAAUGUGAAUAUGCUGAACCACAUCUAUGCACCUGGUCUGCCUCUUCCGAGACGCUUGACAGAGUCAGUGCAACGUUUGGUAAAACCUCUGCCUACGACAGAGACUGCAUUGCCACCUGUCCGUGCCUGCAAAUCUCCUGGUGCCAGCAGCUCCAGGCACAGCACCAAUGGCUCAACAUCUCCAGGGAGAGCUUCCCAGGGUGGUGCUCGAUCUCCAGGGGCAAGCCUAUCCUCAGCACGGGUUCUGUCUUUUGACAAAGCCCCUGUUGGUCCUUCAAACAACAUGGCUGUGCUGCCGUCCAACAUGGCAAGAGGCAGCUAUCACCCUGCCCAAUAUUCAGAGCACAGUGGCUGUGACCUAAACUCCAUGCACUCCAGCUCUUUAAAAACUGGAGUGGCACCACACCUUCAUUCUGCAAACCCUCCCACUGCUGUGGCUGUGCCUAAUGCCCAGAGUUAUGCUCCUGCAAGCACAUGUUUCAGUCAGCAGCCCUCCACCUCGGGCAUUUCCACACAGUCUCAUGGGGGAUUCCCUCAGGUGAUGGGCCCAUGUGUGCAGACUCCAUGGUCUGGGCCUCACAAUCCUGUCCCAGGAGCAGGGGGCAGGUUGCAGCCACCCCCACCACCUUUGGUGUCAUCCACCUCUGCAACUUUGACCACACAGGUGCACCCUCCCAGUACCAGCACACCACAUCUGUAUCACCAUCAUGCAAGUGGCAAGAAUUCUGCUAUGUCUCACCCUGCCUCCCACAUUCCCCAGCUGCUACCUCUCAGUACUUCUGCUUUCCAUCCUGCAACCACUGCCUCUGUUGUUGUAACAACCUCAUCUGUUCAUGGUCUGUUAGCGUCCAUGACAUCAUCUGAGCAAGUGCCAGAGGUUAGCCUUGUGUCUAGCCAGACAACCAUCACUACAACAGGUGGCAGCAUCAGCAGCAGCCCCAGUCAUCCUCUUCCACCACCACCUGUACUGGUGCAGCGAGCUUCAUCCCCUUCUGUACCUGUGUGCAUUAACUCACAGUCAGGAUCACUUGACUGGGGAGUGACAAGCGAGGACAGUCCAACUCAAGCAUCAUCAUUUGCCCUGUCACAUUCUUUGUCAUCUGCAUCAUUAAUAAAGGAGACAUCACCCCAUGCUGCCUCUUCUGUUACCACCAUAGCAGUGCCUGUCACUGCCACUGCUUCGACAGCAUGUGUUUCUGGUGUUGAAGGGCUGCAGGCAGCUGUUUUGACUUCAGCGUCAGUCGUAACAGUAUCAGCUGUGGGAACCCUUGCAAGCACAGUUCCCUUCACAACUUCAGAUGGUGCCCUUGGGACAGCUGGUGUAGCUUUAUUUACAUCUGUAAAUCCCAACUUGGCCUCAGAUUCACCAUCAACAGUUACAGUGUAUGUGGAAAAGAAUCCUACGCAGACAGUGGAUUCUCAACCCACCAGCAUUGAACACUUUUACUCCAGUGCACAUACACAGGCAGCAGAAGGCAGGAGUCAUGGCAGCAAAAUCUCAGAAGGACACGAUACAGUAGCUUGUGCAGAAUUAGUAAGGGAGCCAGGACAUGGAAAUGGACAGGGAGUAGGCUCCCUUACUGCAGCAAGAGUGAUGUCUUCUAUCAGUGGACAGGAAGCAAGCAUUACAACUGCGGAUUUUUCUAACCUGCCAUGGAGCCACCCAUCCAGUGCCAAUCAGUCACAUGACCUCCAUUAUGUGGCAUCAGAACAUGCCAGCAAUUUGCAUCAUAACUUGGACAACACUCUCGAUGCAUCAGCACCUGAUGGUCCAGCCACUAAAGUUCAGGACUCUAAUAAUGUAGAAGACAUGUGUAAGGUCUUGGUCACCAGUUCUCAUUCUGUUCCAGCUGUAGACAGCUGUACAACAGCAUGCAAUUCUGGCAUAAGCACAAACAAUGUUGCAGUGUCCAUUGCUGAGCUUGCUUCUGGUGACACUCACAGUGCCUCAGACUUACCUAGCAGCACAACUGCUGCAGUGGAUGCAUGUACUACUGUGACGAGUAGAGCACAUGGUUUGUUGAAGCAUGUGCAUUCAGAUGAUGUAGGAACUAAUGUGCAUGUUGGUACCAUAGCCUCAGCCCAAGAGUCAUCAGUAGCAAAUAUACACUUAGGUCCUGCACCAUCUGCACAAAAUGUUCCUUCAACUAGCACACGGCAAGGCACAGAUGACACUGGUCACAGUGGUUUGUUAAAAAACAUGCAUAGAAGUAGCUUAGCGGCUGCUGACAAUUUUCAGGUAAAUAACACAGCUAGUAGCUCAGUGUCUACUGCUUUUGUGACUAGUGAACACAUUGGUUCAGUGGCGACAACUCAGACCACCCUAGAAGUGACCUCUGCCAUGGCUAAAACCUUAGUGCCACAUGCUGGUGCUUCUGUGGCACACAUCGACUCCGAGGAUUCUGCUUCACUGGAAUUGGGGCCAGAAAUGGUGGUUGUACCGGAUAUAACCAAGAAUCAUGUGAGCUUGGUAGCUUUAGCUCAAAAAGCUGCUGCACAGGCCAUCGCCCUAAAAAACCUGGAGCUAAAAAACCUGGAGCCAGACAGGCUCGCGUGUGCUGUCACAUCCAUUCAUGUGAAAGUAAGUGCAGCCCAGAGCAGUCCAGCUGCUGAGUUAAGUUCUGUGGUGGUUCCAGAUGUGUGCAAUACUGGUGAUGCUGGUAAAGAGGCCUAUGUUGAUGGAGAGGGCAGCUGGGGGCAGGUUGUUGGGGUGGGGAGCAAUGAGGGCUUGGUUGCAUCUACCCAGCCCCCAGUUCUUUCUCUCUCUUCAGCAGCUACUCCCAUGCCUGAGGAAGUGGAAAACUCUUCCUGUCCACCUGCUGAAAAUCCUCACUCUAGACCACCACUGCUGCAUCCUGCACCACUUUUAUCAUCUGCGCCAACUAUAGUACCCUCGGCAACACCACCACCUCCAUCACUUACACCUGUGUUGCAAGAGUUUGGCAAGAAAGACCCACAUGUGCCAUCUGGCACCAGCCAGAGUAGCAAGCCUGAUGGAGCACCAUCAGAUGUAGCAAUGACAGCGAAGCAGGGUGACAGGGAGGCAGUGGGAAGCAUGUCUGAUUCACUUGAGGAAGCCUCCACCAAAACUCGUCGCAUCACUCGCAAACGAAGAUCCACACAAAGUGAGUCGGAUAGUGGAGAGCCUGCCCCCAAGUUAAACAGCGUUGAGCCAGAGGCCAGUGUAACUGCCCCUGGCAGUGGAAUUGUGACCAAGCAGGCAACAGAGAGUGGUAAAGCAAUUGUUUGGGACCAACCUCCUCGACUUUCACGGGAAGGCAAGAAAAGUUCUGGCUCUUCUGGCUUUUCUGGAGAUGAGAAGGAUAAAGCCUCCUCCAAGACUAGCAGUAAUAAUGAUGCAGCACACCACCACCACUUUGAACGCAACAUCAUUGAGGCUACACCAGAAGAAAUUGCUAAGAAGAAUGCUGCCAGUUCAGCAGGCAGGCGGCGAGCCUUCUAUGCCUAUGUUUUAGAAAAAUCUCUUGGCCAAUCUUACUUUGACACACCAGUCCUGUGCGGGCGCACACGAAGCCAGUCUUCGACAACAGCUAAGGACAGCAACACUGCUACCACAGCAGCAGCUACUGUAGCCCCUUCACAGAUCCCUCAGAUUGCAGGAACAUCUGCGUCCCAGAAUCCACAAGUGCAUAAAGAAGACACUGAGGUCACAACACCUGGGUCCAAACGCUCCACCCGCUCACUAAGAACGAAGGAUUCCACAGACGUUUCUGGAAGCAAGCGCAAACGAGCAAAAGAACACAGAUGAUAACAGCUGCUAACUUCAGGUGAAAUAUAAUUCAGCACCCACUGGGUGAGGAGAGGUGAUGCCCUGCAGUCUUUAAUGGACAAGCCUGGGCCAGUGCUGUACUCUUUUUGGAGAGUCAGCUUUUGCUGUGGUGCUCGGCAUAAUCACAUCAUAUAAACGUCCAGCCAUGGGGCAGACUGCACGGCAAGACACAGUCUGUUGUAGACUUUCGUGUACACAAUGGCCUGCAGUAGAUUAGACAUAGAUUUUGUUAUGCAGGAGAUGGCCCUUAUCUGGUGUAGGCUAGGAAAGAAAAUGUAUAAGGAAAUCUCUAAAGUAGAGAAAUUGCUUCAACCCUGAAAGCUUAAAAAUGUGUUAGAGAGAAGCAGUGGGCCUGCAUUUUUAUUUAUCAGGUUAGUGCAUCCACCAGUGGCCACCAUAAAACAUUUCUCAAGUCUCGCAUCUACGACCAUCACUGCUUAACAAUCAGUUUGAGCUUGGUGGCACCUGACAACACAGGCUGGUCAUCUGGUUGCUUAACAAUCAGUGUGAGCUUGGUGGCACCUGACAACACAGGCUGGUCAUCUGGUUGCUGCUGUCUGCUGACUUCUCAGGGAAUGCAGGUCAAGAUGGACAGGCGGCAAGCCAGCCCCUGAACACAUGCCUUGCGUUGGCUGGCUGGUUUGCUGGCAGGCUGGCCCGCUAGCUGUUGGUUGCAGCCAGGGAAGAGCUGCGUGCUUUUGUAGUUGACUUUCUUUCCUAAAACUGGUCCUAGUAGAAGGAAACAGUGUUAACUACAGCAUGAUGUAUGUUCUUUAUUUCUUGUGCUUUGAUAUCCAGAAGAUACUUUAAUCACACAAAAAAUAAUCAGUUAAUAUUGUAGACAAGUAUGAGAAAAAAAGGCCUGGGCUAACUUCUUUUUUUUUUUUUUGCACUCUUUGUUGGCCUACUAUUUUCUAGGCACGUGGUGGGUGAUGAGAGUGGAAGAGAGAGCGUUUGUGUCAGUGUACAAGUGAGUGCAUCUACACGUCCACCCAUGAUGCAAAACAAAUGCAGUUGCCUGCACAUGUUGAUUAUAGAUUUGUUGUAGAUAUAUCAUGUCUCACGUUGUGAUGGAAACUGACCUGCGCAAUGUGAUGUGUGUUACCUGGCAAGAGCCUUGUAGCAUUGAGGUGUAGGAGGAGGUAACUAAUGCCAUGUGAUUUGGCUAUGGGGAUUCCUUCUCCUCCCACCUCCACCCCUUGUGAGAUGUGCCCAUCUGUGCGUGUACAUACCGAUUGUAAAUAUAGGUUGCAGAGUUAUUUAUGUUCUUGUGGGAACAUCCUAGACACAGGAGUGCAGUUUGUUGUCGCGAGGUCUUUUUUUUUUUUAAAUAAAAGGGAAAGUGUUCACUCUGCUGGCCAAAACCGUUGCUGUCAUUUGACAACAGUUUGCUUUUGGCAAGGAGACUGGAAUCACCAACCAUCACUGUCAGCUACUGUAGACAACUGAAGGGCAAGUGUUACAAAUGCAGGGUUUUCUGGACCAUAGCCUAUGUGAGGAGAGCAACCAGCUGCAGAAGGGAAAUACCCUGCAUCUGUGACAGCACCUGAUGCACAAUGUGAUAGCUUUGCCAUUUACUGCCAACGUUUUAUGCAUAAUUAUAAUUAUCACACUUGCUGGAGUAGCCCAGCCAAGAACCUUUAAUAGAGUGGGGCAGGAGCCUUUUUUUUUCUGGGUUAGCAAUGAAGGCAAGGGCCAAGCCUUGGAUACACAGGCCCCUCCCCUCUCCCCCCUGUCCUGCAACCCCACUCCUUGCUUUUCUUUUCGUUUCCAUACUUGAUUCCAGUGUGUGGAGUGAUAUGUAGAACCAAAAGACUGUAAUCGCUAUGUUCUGUUGAAUUUGAUCGAGUCGUGGCUAGUCCAAUGAUUAUUGAUAACUAAUGCUGUAAAAUAUACAUUCAAUUCUAGGAGGUGUUGUUGAGCUUUUCAUCUGUGUGUACUUUUCUUGCGUGUAGAUGAUUUGUGAGAGUUCUGUACAGUCCAGACAAGUUUGCUGUUGGGCAGGUUAGCUUUGCCCGCUGGUCUGCUCACUUGUACAUAAACCGUUGUCUUUUCCACCAUGCUUUUCUUCCCAUUGACUUCUCUUUGAGCAUCACAUCAUGGUCAUCUGCAUGUUGGACACUGUUGGCAUAAUUUGUAGAUCCAGCAUACAUUCUUUUUACUCUGAGUACCGUAGAGAGUACAAGAAAAUUUGUAUAGCUGCCUUGAGAAGGACGGAUGUUAGGAGAGGGUGUUAGCAAUGGGUAUAUCACCAAAUCUUUGCUUGGUGUAGGUAGUGAGUGUCCAAGGAUGCGAAUGUGCUUUUCAGUCCGUUAAUAAUCAUGGUUAAUUUGUUUUUCCCAUGGACUACGCUUGUGGUAAGAAAAGUAUAGGAGAGAUUAUUAAACAGAUCUGGGGGGAAGUGUUUCGGACAUUUCUUGACGGAGUGAGGUAUUCAGACAGUAGCUGUUGGGAGGGGUUACACCACAAGAGCUGUGAAUUGUUGGUGUUGGCAGAAUAUAAAAAUUGUGGCAGUUUUACUUCUAGUCAGGGUAACUAUAGUUCCUAGGAACAACCAUUCAUACCGACAGUAGACCAUUCCAGUUUCAAGCACAAAGCCAAGGUGCUCUUGCAGGGCUCCGGUAGGUUGGGAAAAGGUAGUGAUGCAUGAACUGGCAGGAUGACGGCAUUGUAGCUACUGUUGAAGUGAAGGUUUAACAGCUUAACUACCAGUAGGUUGGAUUAAGGAUUUGCCAGUGUUGGCAUUGAGCUCUUAAAAACUUUUUUUUUUUUUUUAAAUAUCUCGUCACUUACAGGAUCUUCCUAGGUGCUCAUUUUUGAUGGCAUGUUGGAAUGCAAGGUAGUGGGAGAGAACUGUUACCUGUGGGUGCACAUCAUGGGCCUCCACACCCUCGCAUCUUUGCAGCUGUAGAUAGGCAUGGGGUGUGUAGGUGAGCUCACAUCUUUCUUUCUUUCAAUAAGCAUCUUGAUUCACUGUAUAUUUUUUAUUUUUAUAUACAGUAUAUGUGAAUAAAGUAUAGAUCUUAUUUCUUAAUUAA